UCACACAAACAAACAGACAGGAGUGUGAGAGCCAGAUGCACGCCGGCUUUGUUAAUAUAGCCGCAGUAAAAGUUAUCAAAACUUUUUUGUAACAUGCUCGUUGUUUACCAAACUCAGGUCUGUCCUCUGAGCUCUGGAGCCGUGCGGGGCGCUGGCUGUGGCGCACACUGACUCUCCGCAGCGGUGACAUGUGAUAGCAGCAGCAUGCCGUACUUGGACCGGCUGAACCGUGUAUGUGGCUUCCUGGACGUCGAGGAGAAGGAGAACAGCUGCCGCUUCCAGAGACGAUACUUCAUCCUCGACACGAAGGAAAAUGCUCUACUCUGGUAUAUGGACAACCCUCAGAACCUGCCCAGUGGAGCUAGCUUUGUUGGCAGCCUGAGACUAACCUACAUCUCUAAGGUGAGCGAAGCUACAGCGAAGCAGAAGCCCAAAACAGAGUUCUGCUUUGUCAUCAACGCAGUUUCCCGGAGGUAUUUCCUCCAAGCCAAUGAUGUGACUGAUAUGAGGGACUGGGUGUCCGCGCUCAACCAGGCCAGCAAGAUCACUGUUCCUAAGUCUGGCCCUGCAACUCCGCGGUCCGUUGUGGGUACAGUCAUCAGCGACAAUCCGGGAGGGAAAAGACAGCAGGCCUACAAGGCAGAGAUCAUUGGUGGCGUGGUGGUCCAUACUCCCAUCCAGAAUGAGAGUGAAGAGACAGAGGGGAGAGAAAGGAAGGGCAACAGGCCUGGUGUGCUGAGGUGUGGUUACUGUGUCAAACAGGGAAAUGUGAGGAAGAGUUGGAAGAGGAGGUUUUUCAUCCUGGAUGACAAUGCCGUCAGUUACUACAAGUCUGAGAUGGAUAAGGAGCCUCUCCGAGCGAUUCCACUGAGGGACAUUCAAAAGGUCCAUGAAUGUCUCGUCAAGUCAGGGGAUCUUCUGCUGAGAGACAACCUGUUUGAGAUCAUCACCAGCUCCCGGACCUUCUACAUUCAGACAGACUCUCCAGAAGAGAUGCAUGGCUGGAUCAGGGACAUUGAGAUGAAGAUCCAGGACUUCAGAGGUCCUCCUAAGGGUUUUUCAUUUAAGCGUGCGUCCUCUCUCUAUCGAAGUCACAACGCCUCUUCAGCACCUCGAGGUCAACAGAAUGAUGAGCGCAGACCUACACUGGUCAAGUCCUGCUCUGUGGCACCCGGCUGGCAGCCUUGGACGCCUGUCCCACCGGGCGAGCCCUCCAUCCUUGAUGCAGAGGAUGAAGACAGUGCCUUCAGCUCUGUGCCCACCUUGCCUUCUCUCUCCUCCUCCUCCACCUCUUCCUCCACCUCUUCCUCCUCUAACUCCCUCUCUGCCCCACCCCCUUGCCCCAGUGUGCCUCCAGCAACUUCAACCAGCGGACUUGGGAUCUUCACAGCGUCAGGAGACAUGGCCACUGGGCGUCGGAGACACCGCUCGCAGCCUCAGCCUCACACCAGCUGCAACUUCCCCUUCAGCCUGGACGAGGACGGCAUCCGCACCACAGAUGUCUAGGUUCAAGAAGUCCAGACUCCUGUGUGGACUUGAUUGUUGGUACCUGCCUUAAAAUGAAUGUGACUGGUAAUAAUAGUAUUCCUUAAUAAUGAAGUGACACUGUGACCAUCUGCCUCAACACUUUCACAUGAGAUUGGGGCCUCCUGCUGGUCUUGAAGCUGUAUUACAGAUGAAGGAAGCACCCAGCUGGAAGAGGACCAAGAGGCACAGUGUUUGUCAUCCACAGGACUGUGAAGAAGAACGACGGAGUGUUUUUAGUGCAACUUCCUCUGAAAACUUGAAUAAUCUUUUUGUUAAUUGUUCUUGCAGACUUACAAAUUAUGGCACAUGCUUUUAAUCUGUUGCACUUGGCUCCCCAGGGAGUUAAAACUCAUCAAGAGCAUGUUUCCACCCUUGCUGGAAGUAUUCACCAAGAAGUGUUUAAAGGACUUUAAACACAUUAGUAACAAUAAUUUUUAUAUUCAAACUCAUUUUCACAAAAUGCUUUAAAAAAUAGCAUCUUUUUAGUUUCUUUGGAGCCCAGCAGUGUUUUUUCCUUUCUCAUCCUAAGACACAUUAUUUGACCUUCUUUAAUAAUUAACAAGCAUUUUAUUACUAACAUCUAAUCAGGCGUCUGGGGGAAAGUGUAGGUCUCAUAAAAUGGUACGUGUAUUCACAUGCUAACUGAAUGAGGGCCCUUGUGAUGUCGGCAGCAGUUGUUAUGUGUUUGCACUAUGUUUUAAAGCAGGAGCUUUUAGUAAUUGCCUGAAACAUCAAUCGUCAUUAAACAUGGGUGGAUUAUGAGGCAGUAGGUCCUUGGGCACAGACAUGUAGACAUCCCCACCACCUCUUCUACAAAGGAGCAAGAAACACAGACUUUAAAGUAGUUUAGCCUCUUUCUGUUUUCAUUUGGCGUCUUUUUGUAGCCUAGUUGUUUUGAUCCUGUUGGUAGUUUCUUUGCACCGUUCUUCGUAGUUGCUUUGUGUCUUUUUGUGAUCAUUUUGUGUCAUUUUCUCUGUGGUUAUUCCCCUUUUUAUAGUCUUUAUGAGUGUCUGUGUCUCUUUGCAGCUGUUUUGCAUCUCUCUGUAGUUGUUUUGUAUCUCUUGGUGGUUGUUUUGAGUCUCUUU